GAGGGAGGGCACGUAAGGGAAAUGAGCCAUUUUGGCUCAAGACAUUUUGAGUUCUAACGCUUGGCGAGCUCGACACCGCACCCCCUUCCCGCACCACAGCCGCCGCGAUGUGCAACGCAGAGGCCGCUCAGGCACAGCGCCCCGACAGCGGCGGCCCCCCCACGGCCACGAAGGAAGUGUUGAGGCUGGAGAAGAAGUUGCGCGAGAUGCAGAAGAUCGAGGGCCUCGUGAACGCCGGCGAGCGCGUGGACCCGCAGCAGCGGCAAAAGUUGGGGCGGAGGGCAGAGGUCGAGGCCAAGUUGGCGGAGGCCCUGCGGCUCACGGCCUGCGACGACACGACGACGGUGGCGUCGCACGACGGCUGCGCCUCCGACGGCUCGCCACCGACGGUGGCGUCCCACGACGGCUGCGCAUUCCAGGAGGCAGACGAGCGCACGCAAGUCGACGACGCGGCGCACAGGCGGUGGGACGAGUCCGCCCGCGAGCAGCGGCAGCUGGCGUGCCCCGGCUGGCAGCAGGCGACCGCUGUGGGUGGGCAGGCGGCCCUGGCGGGCGGCCCGGCGCCCAUGGUGCAGUGCUUGGUGCCCGUGCAGGCGCAGCAGGGCGCGCAACAGCUCUUCUGCGGGGCCGUCUGGGCGUGUGGCGCCUGGGUGCCGCAGGCGCUCAUGUCGCCGAUGGGCGCGAGCCAGGCGUUCGUGGUGGUGCAGCAGGCCACCCCGCAGGCGGCCUCGGGGGCCGGCCCGUGGCAGGCGGGCGCGGCGCACCCGCGCGGCGGCGCCCCGCCCCAGCAGCGCCACCGCGGGUGCAGCGGCAGGGCGGGCGACCGCGAGGCGGCGGUGCAGCAGAACAACUGCCAGCGCCUGCUGGAGGGCCUCGACGCCGGCGGCCCGGCGCGGGCCAGCGCCCUGGCCAGCCUGCUCGGCGAGGUGCGGCGCCUCGCCGCGGACCCCGCCGGGUGCCGCGUGGUGCAGCGCGCCCUGGAGGUUGCCGACCACGUUUCCGCGGCGGAGCUCGUCCAGGACCUGCACGGCCACGUGCGCGACCUCAUCUCGGUGGACUUCGUCGCGCGCGAGCUGCGCGGCUGCGCCGCCGAGACGGCACGACACCGAUACGGCUGCCGGGUGGUCAUCCGGCUCAUCGAGCACUGCGCGGACACGCUCGCCAACGCGGGGAGGGCUGCGCUCGUAGAGGAGCUGCUGGCGGAGGUGGCCGGCCUCUGCCGCCACGCGCUCGGGCAUCACGUGAUCAAGGCCAUCGUGGAACACGCCCACCCCGUGCAGCAGCAGAGGGUGCUCGCCUUCCUCUGCGCCGGGGCCGCCGACAAAGCCCGGAACCACUACCACUGCUACGUCGUCGAGGCUGCCCUGGACAUUUGCGCGGCCGAGCACGCGGAGCCCUUGGCCCUCGCGCUGGUCGGAAGCACGCAGGCGAACGUGAUCUCGCUGUCCCAGGCCCGCUGCGGCUGCAACGUCCUGCGCGCCCUGCUGAGGCGCCCCGGCGCCGCUUCCCAGAAGGCCCGCGCGGUGCUCGCCACGGCAGCCCACCGCCUGCGGCAGAGCCCGGACGGCCAGCGCCUGCUGAGGGACGCGGGGCUGCCGGCCUGAGGAGCGGCCUGCCGCCUUGGCCCGGCUCGGCCUGGCAGCUGGGAGCGAGGGCGCCCUGUCCUCUCCCCGCACCUCUGCCCAUGACCAGAGAGCGGUGCCAGUGCCCGCCCUGUCCUGGGAGAGUGCAGCAGCGACGCAGGCCGAGCGCAGCGACUCAGCGCCAAGCGUGCUCUCUCGGUCUUGUCGUUGCGCAAACCGGCAGAGUUCCGGCCAGCAUUUCGAAGAGUUGCGGCACCCUCGUUUGGCUUCGGGGCCGACGGGCCACGCCACUGGACACGUCGGCGCACCCAGGCCUGGUGAUGCCCUCCCAGCACAGUUCUAGUCUCCAGAUGCCCUCUCUCCCCUCGCUCGUCCUCCCCUGCUCCUUCUCCUCCUCCUCCUCCGCCUCCUCCUCCUCCUCCUGUCUUCCUUAGGGUUCAACCCGGGGGACUUGAGGUCCUUGCCGAUUGGGGAGGUGACGGUCCUGCAUGCCGAGUCGCCAUUUGGACGAAGAGGCACCGCUUGCUUGGAGCACGCCGCGUGGCGGCGGUGCCCGCAGGCAUUGUUUUCGCUCCGCGAAUCCCCCAGCUGCGGCUUAAGCCCCGCGCUGGCACUUCACUUGCUUACAGCACCCGAGCAAAAGCUCCUCCUCAGGACGCGGCUGCAUUCAGCCCGCGGCCGCCGCGGCCGACCACGCUCGUGCUGCGGCGGCGCGGUCCAGCAGGGAGCUCGGCGGGGCGUCCAGAAGCCGGCGCCCGCCCGCGUGCGUGGCCCGACGGGGCUGGCGUUAGUUCGCCUGCCCACCCCCGGGCAUCCGAGGGAGGGGAACGCUUUGCUUUCAGCGAAGGCACUUCCCGCUUCCGCAGCCAGGAGGUGGCCCGACGAGAUGUUUCAAUCCCGGGCGGAGUACCUGACAAGCUGUGGCCGCCGAUCGCAAAGA